AUUUUUCAGCUAAUAAUUUUUACCCCCCUAAUUUUGACAAUUAGAUCUGUGGUCUUGGUCCUUUCUCUAGCUCUCAGAAAAAAAAGUAAAAUAAAUCGAGAGAAGUCUUCGCCUUUUGAAUGUGGGUUUGACGCAAAUUCUAACCAGCGCCUUCCUUUCUCGCUCCGUUUUUUCUUAGUAACAAUUAUCUUUUUAAUCUUUGAUGUCGAGAUUGUUAUCCUGUUCCCUGCUAUUCAAAGCAUUUUUACCUCACAAGAAUUUUACUGAAAUUUUAUUUUUAUUUCUUUUCUAAUUAUUUUGUUGGGGGGACUUUUUCAUGAAUGAAAACAAGGAAGUCUUAACUGAGCUAUCUAG